CCUUUCAUCAUCAGGGCUGAAAAUUACUUUUGCUAUAUUUUCUCUGCCCACACUUCUUUUCUUGUUUUCUGCUGUGGAGAAUUUGUUGGUUUCCCUCGGUUAAUCAGGGACGUGAUCUCGCAACUGCACGGCCAUAUCGCGCCACUGAUCCAUCGCCAUCCGUCGUGUCUGACAUGUGCACAGGGAACCGCCACACCGGGACGACGACGGACCCCAUGGACACGCGGCGGGACGUGAAGCCAUUCUUGGCCCCGGUCACCAGCCAGCGAGGCGUCCCCGGGUUCGGCGUCUGCCAGGCGGCGCCGACGCCGCUGGGCCGCGGCGCGCGCGUCUCCGCGGCCCCGCAGCAGGCCGCCUCCCUCGAGCCCGAAGGCGGCUUCAGCCGCGACGGGAGGCUCGACGUCGAGGCGGCGGGCGCCCCGGCUCGCCGCCCCGCUCCUCCUCCUCUCCCCGCCGCGCGCGUCAGCAGGAAGUUCUGGAGCGCCGGCGACUACGACGCGGCCGGCGGGAGCCCCGCGCAACCGCCUCGAAAUGUGGGAAGCCGAAUGUGCGUCCACCCGAAAUUCCUCCACUCGAACGCGACCUCGCACAAAUGGCCAUUUGGAGCCGUUGCAGAGUUGCUGGAUAACGCGGUCGACGAGAUCAAAACUGGAGCUACUAGAAUCAUGGUGGACAAAAUCGUUAACAAGCGAAACGGCUCGCCAGCUUUACUUGUUCAAGAUGAUGGCGGAGGCAUGGACCCCGAUUCCAUGAGGCGUUGCAUGAGCUUUGGAUUUUCCGACAAGCAAUCGGGUUCUUCAAUUGGACAAUAUGGCAACGGUUUCAAGACUAGCACAAUGCGGCUAGGGGCAGACGCUAUCGUCUUCAGUCGUUGCAUGAAGGGCAGUGGACCUACACAAUCGGUGGGUCUUCUCUCUUACACCUUCUUGGCGGAAACCGGUCAAAAGGAUGUCGUAGUUCCCAUGGUGGACUACAAGUACGAUUUAUUGACAGGGGACGCUAUACAGUAUGAGCGACAUGGUGCAGAUCAGUUCUUCUCAAAUCUGUCCGUGUUAUUAAAAUGGUCCCCUUUUGCAACAGAAGAAGAGCUGAUGGGUAAUUUCAGUGACAUUGGUCCACAUGGCACAAAGAUUAUAGUGUUCAAUUUGUGGUCUAAUGAUGAUGGUGUUCUGGAGCUCGAUUUUGACAACAAGGAGGAAGAUAUUAUGAUUAGUGGUGCACCAAAUCCAGCAGAAACAACUAAUGCUGUCAAAAGAACGAACGAAAACCAUCUGUCAAAUCAACUGCGCUAUUCUCUUAGGGUGUAUGCUUCUGUCCUAUAUUUGCAGCUGCCCGGGUACUUCAAGAUCAUACUUCGGGGACAAGAAGUUCAGCGCCAUAGCAUUGCGACUGACCUCAUAUACCGUCAAGCUGUUGCUUAUACACCCCUAGAAUUCCUACGAAAAAAGGAGGGUGAGGUUGUUACAAGUAUUGGAUUCUUAAACGGUGCUCCAACAAUUAGUGUGCAUGGAUUUAAUAUCUACCACAGGAAUCGCCUUAUAUUGCCUUUCCAUCGAGUAUUGAGUUCUGCAAGCAGUAAAGGUAGAAGCGUCGCCGGGGUGCUGGAGGCGAACUUUAUCAAGCCCACUCAUGACAAGCAAGACUUUGAGAAGUCACAGCUGUAUCAGAAGCUGAUCAUUCGCUUGAAAGACAUGACAACUGAGUACUGGGAUUUACAUAGUCACCUGAUUGGAUACCAAAAGAAACCCUGUGCAUCCAUUUCUCCCACCCCUCCUGGAAUGCUUACAGGAUCAGACACCGUUGCUGAACCGUCCGAGAGGAAUGCAGCCGGUGCCGUUCUCUCUAUGGCGCCCUGGAGAGGCGGCACCCGUGAUAACCCCUCAUGUGCUAUUCCGAUCGCGUUUGCUCCUCCGCACCUAUCGGUUCCUGCCGGAACCAGCGUGCCAGGUGCGCAGAUGGCGCCUGACACUGAUUCAACGGAGACAAGAAAAAGGAGAAACGAGGAUGCUGUCCAGAUGGAUCCGUGCAAGAGGCAGGCCAUACAAAGUUUGGAGGUCGAUAAUCAGGUUUGCCAACACAUGACAGAAGGAGAUCUGAAUGAGUACACGCACUUGAAGGUAGAGAAUCAGCAGCUCCAUGAAGAGUGCUUGGAGUUGGAGGUGGCUGGGAAGGAGCUUUUGCUCAAGGAGCAACAGUUGAGGCUCCAAAUUCAGCAGGCGGAGGCGCAAUACAAGAGUUUACUGAACGAGUACAUUUCCGCCACUCCUGUGAGGACGCGUAUGCAGUAGAUGUCACUGGCCUUGGUUUUCUUCCACAAAACGAAGACGAAGAACCGCAAACACUUCAGAGGAAGUUGAACCUGAACUUACAAUGGCUAGCAACUUAGCAUGAUGAAGGAUACGCCCGUUACGAGGAACGCUGUAAGAUCGGUCGGACUGGUGUUUCAUCUCCCCUGUUUGUCAUAUGCCGACCACAGUGGGUUUUGUAAUGUGUACCCGUGUACACUGUGUACAUGCAGUUUUAAAUUGAUUCGUUCAACUCUGGCAGACUCUUUAGAAGGGCACCCUCUAGAGGAGAGUGGUCUUGCACUCGGAUCUCUAAAACUGUUUUAGGCCUUGUUCGUUUAAACCUCCUCUCAAGAGGAUUGGAGUGGAUUGGAGGGGAUUUUGGCUUGCAGGGGAUCUAAUCCCCCUCAAUCCCUGCCAAUCCCCUUCCAAAACCGCCUCAACCGAACAAGGCCUUAGAGGUUUUGUAGCCCUUUGCUAUUUCA